UGAAGAUGAGAUUUGAGAAUAUUAAAAAAUCACCAAAUGAUAAUUGUGUCUACAGAGGAUUAAUCCUCAAUAAUGACAUGAAAGUUCUGUUGAUAAGUGAUUCAACCACCGAUAGAAGUGCAGCGUGUUUGGAUGUUAAUGUUGGAUUCAUGAGCGAUCCGGCAGAAUUACCAGGUCUUGCUCAUUUGUGUAUGCACAUGCUCAUGCUCGAUACCGAGAAGUAUCCAAAUGACAAUGAAUUCUACUCUUAUGUAACUGAGCAUGGAGGAUAUGUAAAUACCACUACACUGUUUGAUAGUACAAUGUUUUACUUCGAUAUUGUGUCAAACAAAUUAGAAGAGGCUCUCGAUAAAUUUUCGCAAAGUUUUCAUAAGCCGUUGUUAGCAGAGUCCAUGAUAGCUCCCGUGAUUGAUGCCAUUAACUCCGAGCACAAUAGCGCUGACUAUCUCGAGAAGAUUAAUCAAUUGGACAGAUCCUCAGCUGAUCCUCAACAUCCUUUUUCCAAAUUUGGAACUGGUAAUAGAGAAACUCUUUAUGUGAAUCCGAAAAAAAAUGGAAUCAAUGUUCGAGAUGAAUUACUCAAGUUUCAUGGAACCUGGUAUUCGGCUAAUAUCAUGGCUCUUAGUGUUCUCGGAAAAGAGAGUUUAAACGAUCUAGAGAAGAUGAUAGUGAAGAUGUUCGCUAAAGUGCAGAAUAAAAGAGUCAAGGCCCUGGAGUGCCUACAUCAUCCAUUCAAUAAGAAUCAUUAUGGGCAUAAAUGGUUCAUAGUUCCAAUGGCCGACAUAAGACUGUUGAAAGUGUUUUUCCCACUUCCGAAGUUACAAGAGCACUAUAAAGCUGAUGAUAUUGUUUACAACCAAUCGCCAUCUAGGCGCAAAUUGGCAAUCCACGUGAUUUCAACGGCAGAAGGUGGUGCUGGGGAUAAAAAGAAUAUCAAUGAUAACGGAGAGAGGAACAAGAAACCAGGUGCAACUACUGCUACUAAAAUAACGGACGUAAUUGCCUUCAAAGCCAGUCAGUCAUUGUAUCCAUUAGUGAAACCUUACAACAAUAUCCCGAUAAAAGGGUCAGUGAUGUAA